UUACGCAGAGUACAGCACAAUGCAAUCCGUGAUACUUAAGAUAAUAUUAAUUGGUGCGGCCCACAAACUACUAAGAAGAUACUACGUGCGGCCAUAGUUUUAACUAAAACCUACAAUUAACUUAUAAUAACUAUUACUUAUUACCCAUGGCCUUAACACUAUAAAUGGUAGAAUGAAAUAUUAACAAUAUUUUAUUUAUCGUGGUUAUGUCUUUAAAAUUAAAGGUAAACAAAAAUUCUCCUCAACAGCUGAACUUAUUUUGACAAUUUUGACGUUUAAGUCGUGGUCCUUUCAAAAGGCUUCUAUAGACCUUCUACAAAUUAGGUUACUAGCUAAAGGCCCGUCUUGACGGGAUAAAAAAAUCAUCCAAAGUCCUACUGUGAACACUGAAAUUCACAGUAGCUAUUUUGAUUCGUUUUACAAUUGAGAAAUAACUCAAUUGAUUGAAAAGAGUGAUCCCGGUUUGGUCCUGAUAAACCAUCUUUACCUUAAUAUAGAUAUGUGUGGAAGACCCUUAUAAAGCUUUGUAGGUUUAAGCUGGUAAUACUGGUGGUGUUCUGUCAAAUUGACAGUUUGACACUUCAGUUCAGACUUCAAGAGUGUUGGGGAUCGGGUGUGAUUAGUUCUAGAAUAGUAAAAAUAAAUUUUAAGUUUCAAACAAUGUGGGACGACUUUAUAGACUACUUAAAAGACCCAUUGUUGGUCGUUAAAGUGCAGAAUUUUUUUGGAGUUAUAUACAAAAGCAGUGUUCGAGAUAAUGAAGGUGGUGGUGAAGUCAUACAUUCCGAGAGGCUGGAACGUGAGAAGGAUAAAGACAGUGAUAUAAGGCAACACAAGCGGGCGCCAAGCAAUAUCUCCAGCAGUUCUCAGACCUCAUAUGAUACGGAUACUUCAGGGGAGAGUGUGGAGGAAUUGGAGUGCCAUAUCAAUAACAAGUUCUGGUACUGGCUGUUCGUACUCGGAACUGCGCUUGGGGAUGAGAUAUUCUAUGCCACAUUUAUACCCUUUUGGUUCUGGAAUAUUGAUGGCGCGGUCGGCAGGAGAGUCAUACUUGUCUGGACUGUUUGUAUGUACCUAGGACAAGGUGUAAAAGACAUAAUCCGGUGGCCUCGUCCGGACCCGGUUAAGAAACUGCAGACCAAAUGGGCCAUUGAGUAUGGCAUGCCGUCCACACAUGCAAUGGUUGGAGUGUCGAUACCAUUCUCUGUGCUAUUCUACACUAUGGACAGAUACGAGUACCCGGUACACUGGGAAACCAUAUCUCUUUUGCAGGACAUAGCAGCGGGCCUGCUGAUGGCUUCAGGACUGCUAGUGCUCCUGAUACCUAUGGUGGAUGCGCUGGAUGAUUGGCUGCUGACACACUGGCUGUCCCCGGUGGUCGUGCUGGCCGUGUCUGUGCUGGUCAUCGUGUACCACCCCAACGCGGACAAGUGGACACCCACCAGAGGCGACACGACCAUGAUCGUGAGCGUAUGCGCAGGCAUCCUCACUGGCUCCUGGACCAACUACCAGCUCGGCAACAUGGCGUCCGCGACCACCCCUCCCCCGUACACCAUAAUCUGGCCCUCCAUCGACAUGCUCGGGAACACCAUACUCAGAACCAUCCUCGGCUUCUGCGGCGUCGUAGCCACCAGGGCCAUAGGUAAAUCAGUCUCCUACGCUUUCAUCUGCGCUUUACUAGGCAAAGACAAAAACGAACUAAGAAACUCAGAGAACAGUCUAGACAACAAAAAUAAAAUAAUCGUAGAACUAUGCUACAAGUAUUUCACGUACGGCAUGAUAGGUUUCAACACGAUCUUCGUUUUCCCGAACGUGUUCUAUUUGCUUAGAAUUAAUAGGCCGACGUAUUAUACUGAGAUUUGAUACUAGUCGCCUCUUUUAUUUUCGACAUUCCAUUUGAUGCCUUUGAAUCGGGGUUUUCCGAAUGUUUUUAUUAUAGUACCUAUAGUUUAAUAAACUAGCCAGUCAUUUGCGUCGAAAGCAUAUAACAAAACAUUCGUUUUUUGACGUGACAGCUUAGAAUAUUCUUAUAAAAGAAUCAUUAAGUCGUUUUCUAGUGAAAUGAUUAAUCGGCACGACAACAGUUUUGUUUUAGAUGUUUAGGUACCUUAGAUGUCAUCAAGUCUGUGAUGUGAUUACUUUAUCUAUGUAUAUAUACCUAAGUAGGUAUACUUUGAAUGUCGUUAAAAUAUUUGUAAUGUGGGUCAUUAGUGUUUGAAUUGUAUUUUCUAUUCCUGAUCUUGAACAGGAAAAUAAACAUUAGAUGGAAUGAGCGGGUAGGUAUGUUUAUAAGAAAAAGUGUAACUUAUUUUUCUGACUAAAGCCUCAAUUAAAAUUCUUUUAUUAGAAAUGCAGUAAGUCUCUGCAGUGAAUUUUGCCUCGAGGUACCUAAUUUUCCAAGAAUUAUUUAUGACUUUAAUGAUUGUUUAGAAAAACCUCGGUUAGUUGGAAACUGCGGGGUCAUUGGUAACUUGGUAAGCUCGGAGUGUUGCGGUCGCCAGGUUUUUACACGGUGAAAAACUGUGGAUUUCCUUAUGAGGAAAAACGAUACAACGAAAUAUUUUUUUACGUUUGGAAAAGAUUGAUCAUUUGAAAGCAGAAGUCGAGAUAAUAAAUUCCAUAAAAUAGAUAUCCGAUAUUGCUUUGUUUUUUUCCUUUUACUGAUAGAGUCUCGUUUUGAACUUGAGGUCAAAUCAAAUGUAAAUUGUGGACUCGAUCUACAUAAAAGUUAUAAAAAAAUGUGCCUUAGCCUCUUGGCUACAACAAUGAAUACGAUCACCUUACCAUAAAUUUGUAAAUAUGUGGAUAGACAGCUCAGUGCGAAGAGUAUCCGUAAACUUUUGUGGGUUUUCUUCUAUUACACAUAAAAAGUUGCUUUUUGAAGGCGACCGAAGAAAGUACAAGUAAAAUGCUCCCGCUAUAAAUUUCAACAUCAUCAAUUACAUCCAUGACUUCAAACAUACGUACAGUUAUCUGCAAAAUUGCACAGAGAAAUUAUGAAUGAAUUCAUUGAUAAUUCGCCAUGCACUUUUGCAGCUGAUAGUACCUUGUGUCCACACCUAGAUGUUCAGAGAUGUACAAAAUGGUUUUAAAAAAGCAUUUAAAUACAAAAUGCAAAAUACUUUUCAGAUUUACUAUUUCAAAUGCAAAAUACCAAAUAGUUUUGAGUUUUGUAUUUCAAAUGCUAAAUGCAAAAUAGGUAUUUUCAAAAUACUUUUUGAAAAUAAAAUACCUUUUGACCAAAUCUCAGAUAUUUUUAUUUAUUUUCGGUAUUAAUAAUCAUAAGAAACAAUGCCGAACAAAAACUUCUAAUAACAUGGCACCUAAUGAAAGUAAUGAAUGACAUUUUGGCCAUAUUUAUCAGUAGGCAAAUCAAUAACUUAUGUUAUGUUAUUUUAUUUAUUAAUAACAUAACAGAAUUUAUUGAUCGCCUACUAUUUUUAGGUAUUAUUAUACCUACUCACUUAAAUAAUGUAAAAAACUAGACUAACAAAAAGAGAGCCAUGGCUCCAUUUUGUUGAUUGUGCAUCUAGUUCUUAUAUUUCAUACCUAUAUCACCUAAAUGCUCUUUAUUUAUUUUCAUUCUAUAGCUUAGGAUUUUUACAAUAGGAAUAAUAACUCAACACUUAUAAGUAGGUAGGUAAUUAAAUCAAAGUCAUUAGCACUCAGCACCAGCAGUCCAGCAAACAAUAAAUCAGCAAUUCCCGAAUAGUUUGUACAUUUGGAUCACGUCUCCGAUUUUGAUAAAAAUUGGUAGGCUGAUAGAGUCCAUGAUGCUGAGCAAGAUCCACUACGUUUCCCAAAAUGUCCU